AUGGCUAUCAAGCUCACAAUCUUCGUCUUCUUCCUCUUGCUGCUCCACAAAAUCCACUCAGAAUCAGUAUCCUUCGGCUUCGAUUUCAAGGAUGGUGUUCCACCCUCCAUGAUCUUACUGGGCGAUGCCAUUCCAUACGCUAGGGUCAUCCUUCUCAAUAGAGUAGAUGAAAAACCAGGGACGAAUCACUACGUUGGACGAGCUGUGUACGCAACACCGAUCCGCCUCUGGGAUAAUGACUCCGGUGAAGUUGCAGACUUCACCACCGAGUUCUACUUCUCUGUGUCUACCGGCAGUUCUGACCUUCGUGGCGACGGCUUGACCUUCUUCAUGGCGCCGGUAGCUGACGCCGUUCGUGUCCCUGAAAAUUCAACAGGCGGCUUAUUCGGACUAUUCAGUCCUGAGACGGCCUUCAGUCCCCCACAGAAUGGCAUAUUGGCCGUAGAACUAGACACCUUCAGCAACGAGUGGGACCCUCCAUUUCCUCACGUAGGAAUUGAUGUGAACUCUCUUAUGUCAGUGAACAUUACGAGUUGGCCAAUUCAUGACACAGCACUAGGUUCAGUAUGGAAUGUUCGCAUUUCAUAUGAAUCUAAGACCAAAACACUGAGUGUAUCGAUGGGUUACCCUGGUGCUAAUCCUCCAACGUUGGUGUCACUGUCGCGAGUUAUUGAGUUGAAGGAUGUUUUGCCGGAAUACGUUAGAAUUGGGUUCUCCGCAGCCACUGGGGCUUUGAUUGAGACCCACAACCUUUUUGCUUGGUCAUUCCGUUCGUUUCUUGCAGAAGAAAGUAGUCCGUGA